AUCAAGAUGAAGGUGGUGAUAAGAGAAUCAACUAUGGUGACUCCAGCUGAGAAGACACCAAUGACAAAGCUAUGGAGCUCUAGCCUUGAUCUCAUUGCCACCAACAGUCACACACUAGCCUUGUAUUUUUACCGGUCCAACGGUAGUCCCAACUUCUUUGAUACGAAAGUGAUGAAGGACGCUUUGAGCCGGGCUUUGGUUGCAUUUUACCCAAUGGCAGGGCGAUUUAAACACGACCAAGAUGGUCGGGUUGAGAUCGAUUGUCAAGGACAAGGAGCAUUGUUUUUGGAAGCGGAGUCUGAUGGCGUUAUCGAUGAUUUUGGUGACUUUUCACCCAAUUUGGAGUCCUUGAAACUCAAUCCGAACUUUGAUUACUCGUUGGGAAUUGAAUCAUAUCCUCUGCUGGCCGUGCAGGUAACUUACUUCAAAUGCGGCGGGGUUUCGCUAGGAGUUGCGACACACCAUCGUGUCGCGGAUGGGACGUCUACGUUUCACUUCAAAAACACAUGGUCUGACAUUGCUCGUGGGCUUGACAUAACUCUCCCACCCUUCAUAGACCGGACCCUCCUUCGUGCACGUGACCCACCACAACCCCUUUUUAAGCACGUCGAAUACCACCCGGAUCCAACCGUGAACUCGCCGCUCCAAGUCCCAUUGGGUGAAAGCAAAACCGUCUUCUCAGUUUUUAAGUUAACACAAAACCAACUCGAUGCACUCAAAGCAAAAUCAAAGGAAGAUGGUAACACGAUCCGCUACAGCACUUUUGAAAUUCUCUCGGGCCAUAUUUGGAAGUGCGUGAGUAAAGCCCGUGGGCUACCAGACGAUGUGAAAACCAAGCUCUACUUCUCAGUCGAUGGGCGGGCCCGCUUACAACCGCCACUUCCAUGUGGCUAUUUCGGUAAUGUUGUCUUCACAGCCACUGCUAUAGCGACAGCUGGCGAAAUUCAAUCCAAACCUUCAUGGUACGCUUCAGGUAAAAUCCACGAUGCUUUAGCGAUGAUGAAUAACGAUUAUCUAAAAUCGGCUAUCGAUUAUCUGGAAGAACAUGAUUGUCACAAGCCCGAGGUUUCUUAUAAGUACACUAAUCUUCAAAUAAUAAGUUGGGCUAGGAUCCCGAUUCAUGACGCGGACUUUGGAUGGGGGCGGCCCAUCUUCAUGGGCCGUACAGGGAUCCCGUCAGCUGGUAAGUGUAUCGUUUCUCCAAGCCCGAUAAAUGACGGGAGCUUAUCGUUCGUCAUUGGACUAGAAGUUGAACAAAUGAAGCUUUUCAGCAACUUGUUAUAUGCAAUUUGA